AUCAAUGAUAUAACAGUCAGCUGACUGCUAGCUCUGCAUUGCAGCACCAGAGAAGCGAGCGAGUGCGUAUACCCUGUAUCUAAAAAGAACGAAGACUGCUGUAAAGCUACGAAACAGUGGAGCCAUGAUCCUUCUCACGCUUCUUUUAGUUUCCACAGCUGUGGCGUCCCCCCUGUUGGGCAAGGAGCAGUGUGCCCACGGACCCCCCUACUGGUGCCAAAACAUAAAGACCGCUUCGACGUGCGGUGCCGUCGAUCACUGCCAGCAGAACGUCUGGAACAAGCCUCAGGUGAAAUCCGUGCCAUGUGAGCUGUGCAAGGAGGUGCUGACUGUGGUGGACCAGCUGCUGAAGGACAAUGCCACUGAGGCUGAGAUUCUGGGCUAUUUGGAGAAGGCCUGCCAGCUGAUCCCAGAUAAGGGUAUCGCCUCUGAGUGCAAAGACAUGGUGGACAGCUACUAUCCAGUCCUGAUGGCAAUCAUCACUGGAGAGCUGGAGGACCCCAGCGUGGUGUGUGGGGCCUUGGGGCUGUGCCAGUCCCAGCAGAAAGCCCUGGCCUUUGCCCAGCUCCUGUCCAAUGAGAUCCCUCAGGUGGACCUGGCCCAGAGCGCCUCUCCCUUCCUCCUCAACAUCCCACAGCUGCUGUACCCCCAGGUGGCCCCCAAGCAGGAGGCCCCCAAGCCGGAGGCCCCAAAAAAGGAAGACCCCGAACAGGAGAAGGGCAAUGUGUGCAAGGACUGCGUGCAGUUCAUCAACUCCGUCCAGGAGCAGGCCCGGUCCAACGCCACCUUCAUCGACGGCCUCAUCGCCCAGAUCGAGAAGCAGUGCGACCUGCUGGGGCCAGGCAUGUCUGACAUGUGCAAGCAGUACGUCUCGCAGUACGCCAGUCUGGUCUUCCAGCAGCUCAUGUCCAUGGAUCAGAAAGCUCAGGACAUCUGCGCUGGCGCUGGAUUCUGCCCUAGUGUCCGUCACUCUGUCCCCAUGGAGACGCUGGUGGCAGCCAUGAUCAUCCCCGCAGCCAAGGUCCUCCCUGCAGAGCUGGUGCAGCCAGCAGAAGUGAAACCUGUCGAGCUCAAACCUGCCAAGAAAAUGAUGCGUGUCCAAGACUCUCCCACAUGUGCGAUCUGUAAGAUGGUGAUGAAGGAGGUGGAGGCCUUGCUGCAGGAUAAGAAAACUGAGGAGGAGGUGAUCAACGCCGUGGAGAAGGUGUGCUCCCUGCUGCCCUCCAAACUCGCCGCUCAGUGCAAGGACCUGAUCGAUGCCUACGGCGAGGCCAUCAUCGACCUGCUGGUGCAGGAGGCCGACCCCAACACCGUGUGCGCCGUGCUGGGCCUGUGCUCGAGUGGCGACCGCACCUUCAUCCCUGUGAUGGACCAGGUCAGGUUUGACCGCGGCGGGUUCUGCGACGUGUGCAAGAUGGCGGUGCGCUACAUCGAUGGGAUCCUGGAGGACAACGCCACCGAGGCGCAGAUCGAGGACGCCGUGAAGAAGGUCUGCAACUUCCUGCCGGAGUCCGUCCGCACGGAGUGCGAACAGCUGAUUGGAGAGUACGAGCCAGCCAUGGUGCAGCUGCUGAUCCAGAUGUUGGACCCAGAUUUUGUCUGCUCUAAAUUGGGGGCCUGUCCCGCAGCGAGACUCCUGGGGACGGAGCAGUGCAGCUGGGGGCCGGCCUUCUGGUGCAAGAACAUGGAGACAGCCUCGCGUUGCAACGCUGUGGAUCACUGCAGACGUCACGUGUGGAACUAGGAGGAAGAGGAAGAGGAGGACCUUAGUCUGAGGAAAUUAGGGAGAACUACUGUAGUGCUGCUUUCUUUCCUGUUUUAAAAUUUGAUCCCCCCUUUCUUUUUUUGUUUUUAUAAAAAAAA